CAGACGAGGCUGUGACGCGGCCGCCGGCCCUCGGGCUGGGUACUUUGUCGCGCGGCCGCUUCCCCCCCGGCCGGGGCCCCUCCGUCCCGCGUUCCACCGAGCGCCUGGCCCCCGGGGGGAGGGUGGGAGGGAGGGAGCAGGGUCGUUGGGCGCCAGCGGCGCACAGCGGGACACACGGAGCCCCGCGACCCGCCGAGCCUGGAGCCGGGCCGGGGCGGGGAAGCCGGCUCCAGCCCGGAGCAAACUUCGCAGCCGGGCUGGGGGUGGCGGGGAACCCGUCCGGAGCCGGAGGAGGGGCCCGCCGCGGGCCCUCCCGCCGCUGCUCUCGCGCCUACGGGCACCAUGCUGUCCAACUCCGGUGCUGUUCCCCAGCCCGCCGCCGCCGCCGCCACCGCACCAUGCUGUCCAACGCCGGCGAUGUUCCCCAACCCGCCGCCGCCGCCGCAGCCCCCCGCCCCGGCCCAACCUCACCCCCCGGCCCAGCCGCCGCCGCAGCCCCCGCAGCAGUUCCCCCAGUUCCACGUCAAGUCGAGCCUGCAGAUCAAGAAGAACGCCAUCAUCGACGACUACAAGGUCACCACCCAGGUCCUGGGACUGGGCAUCAACGGGAAAGUUUUGCAGAUCUUCAACAAGAGGACCCAGGAGAAAUUCGCCCUAAAAAUGCUUCAGGACUGCCCCAAGGCCCGCCGGGAGGUGGAGCUGCACUGGCGGGCCUCCCAGUGCCCACACAUUGUGCGGAUCGUGGACGUCUAUGAGAACCUGUACGCGGGGAGGAAGUGCCUGCUGAUCGUCAUGGAGUGUUUGGAUGGUGGAGAACUCUUCAGCCGAAUCCAGGACCGAGGAGACCAGGCAUUCACAGAAAGAGAGGCAUCAGAGAUCAUGAAGAGCAUCGGUGAGGCGAUCCAGUACUUACACUCAAUCAACAUCGCGCAUCGGGAUGUCAAGCCUGAGAAUCUCUUAUACACCUCCAAAAGGCCCAACGCCAUUCUCAAACUCACUGAUUUUGGCUUUGCCAAGGAAACCACCAGCCACAACUCUCUGACCACUCCUUGUUACACGCCAUACUAUGUGGCUCCAGAAGUGCUGGGCCCAGAGAAGUAUGACAAGUCCUGUGACAUGUGGUCCUUGGGUGUCAUCAUGUACAUCCUGCUGUGUGGGUAUCCCCCCUUCUAUUCCAACCAUGGCCUUGCCAUCUCUCCGGGCAUGAAGAGUCGCAUCCGAAUGGGCCAGUAUGAAUUCCCCAACCCAGAAUGGUCAGAAGUAUCAGAGGAAGGUAGAGAACCCACGUGUACAUUGAAGAUGCUCAUCCGGAACCUGCUGAAGACAGAGCCCACCCAGAGGAUGACCAUCACCGAGUUCAUGAACCACCCCUGGAUCAUGCAAUCAACGAAGGUCCCUCAAACUCCACUGCACACCAGCCGGGUCCUGAAGGAGGACAAGGAGAGGUGGGAGGACGUCAAGGAGGAGAUGACCAGUGCCUUGGCCACGAUGCGGGUCGACUAUGAGCAGAUCAAGAUCAAAAAGAUUGAAGACGCAUCCAACCCUCUGCUUCUGAAGAGGCGGAAGAAAGCUCGGGCCCUGGAGGCCGCGGCCCUCGCUCACUGAGCCGCUGGGCCCGUCCUGCUCCACUGGAGGACAAGCAAUAACUCGUGACCUGAAUCUAUUUUUUAAAUGAAGAGACACAGAACUGUCCACUCCCGCCUCCCCUCCUCCUCAGCCUCAUGGAGCCCGGACCUCGUCAUAGGCUGAAUUCUGCCUUUGGUUCUGGCCACCCCUGAGAGGGAGAGCCUGGAAGGCUGGGAGGGCGUGGAGAGAAGGAGCAAGGUGCUCUUGAACCUGUGCUCAUUUUGCAGUUUUAUCGAUAAUUUGACUUAGAAUUUUUAUGAAACUUCUUUUAUCGUUCUUGCCCUCAUUCCUGCUCCUUCCCCCCAAACCCUUUCCUGUCUGGAUACUACAAGGGUUUGGGGUUUGUUAAAGGAUAUUUGUGGAAACUGUUAUAGGGGGCGUCCCUGUGUCGUGCCACCAGCCCUGUAAUUUCCCCACUACAGCCCCAGGUCCCCGCUGGCUGAGGCCUUCCGGGAGUUGCAGGCCGUGGAGGGCUGGGGCCAGGAGGCCACCCACCUCCUCUGCUGAGCCCUUAGACGUCACCGGUGUGCCAGACGGAUAGGAGUGAGUGUGGUUGUGUGUGUGCGUGUGCCCGUGCCCGUGUGCCUGGAUCAGUGCCUGGGCCUGUGCAUUUGAGGGGCCAGGGGCGUGCAGGGCUGCAGAGGGAGGGCCUCUGUCGGGGCUCAGGAACUGCCUCCCUCCUCAGGCCUGCCCUGCCCGCGCUGGCUCUGCCAAAGUGCCUGGGAAGCGUGUCCAGAUUCUGAGCCAGGCCGUCCGUGCCUGCCUCUGUAAGCGGGUCCUGGGAGGUGGAGAGGAGUGACUUAGCACUGGCACAGCGACCAGGAAGACUGGAGCCUCGCCCAGGACCCCACUCCCUGCUGAGUGCUGGCCCUGGUCCUCCGAGGCGCUCAUCUACCACGUCAUCUCUCUGCUUUCCCUUCCUGCCACUAUUAACCCGUUCGUGUUUAUUUUCUUACAUUUUUUGCUGUUUCUCAACAGGCCCACUCUCAGCCCUCAUGGGUGAGCCUGGGCAGUCGAUGAGUGACACAGAGCUGCUGCGUUUUGUGUGCCUCUCGGGCUCUGGGGCGUCGGCAGCACCCUCUGGUGGGCAAAGACAGCACCACUCUUGCGGCCCUCCUGCAGAUCUCCAUCCGUGCGGCCUAGCGGGUGGGCGGGGGAGGCUUCACACCAAAGAUGUCCCGAUCCUGCCCCCUCCCCAUCAGCCCCUUCCCCCCCGACCCCAAACAACUCAGCGUCGUGUGUCCAGGCCAGUGGGGGGGAGGGGGGGAGGGCCUUCCCUCCCCAGUAUUAAUUUGCAGCGGUGUGGGGAGAGACCCUCUGUGCCAUGGUCCCUUGGGGCAGGGGUGACAGUAAUGCUUCAGCUUUCAUCUCCCUCAGGGGCAGGGUUGGGGGGCGCACCCAGGGUCUUCUCUGGGUGUGAGGGAAGGGCUACGCGUGCCCGCGGCGCCUCCCAUCUCUGAUGGCGUGUCCAGCACUCAGAUUGUUGUAAACUUGUUGUUUUGUAUGAGCAAAAUUGUCUUUACUAAACAGAUUUAAUAGUUGAAA